AUGGAUGCGUCAGCCUCCAUUCAGCUCACCCAGACGUUUCACCACUCCACCGCCACGCAUAGCUACCAGAUUCGCUGGACAUCUCUUGGCGAUGCCUCUCAUCCGCCCCUGAUCUUUGUGCACGGCACACCCUGGUCGUCGCGCGUCUGGCACGUCUACGCCCAAUCCCUCGCGCGAUAUUUCCACGUCUACCUCUUCGAUAACCCGGGAUUCGGCGAGAGUCCCCUUGGUCGUCCUGUUUCAGGCAAGGAGGCCGAAAUAAGCAGGGAGGUAGCACUAGAUGCCGAUCUGGCGCAGCAGUCGGAGGUAUUUGGGGCGCUGUAUAAAUUCUGGGCGCGGGAGUGGCGACAGAACGCGGCGCAUGUGGUCGCACACGACUAUGGGGGACUUAUGAGCUUGCGGGCACAUAUCCUGCAUGGCUGCGAGUACGCGAGUCUGUGUCUGAUUAAUGUCGUUGCGUUGGGCCCGUUUGGACAGCCUUUGUUCCGGUUGGUGGCCGAAAACGAGGACGUGUUUACAGCGAUGACCGGACCCGUGUUUGAAGGGAUGGUGGAGGCUUACAUUCGGGACGCGGCAUAUCGAGAGCUAAAUAAGGAGACGAUGACGAUGUUGAAGCGUCCAUGGAUAGCCAGUGAGGAGGGGAGAAGAGGGUUUGUACGGCAGAUGGUGCAGGCGAACAGUCGCAGCACGGAAGAGGUGGAAGGGGAGUAUCAAGAGGUGGGGAAGAAGAUGCCGGUCAGAGUGAUCUGGGGGACAGAGGAUCGAUGGAUUCCUGUGGAGACUGCAGAAAGAUUGAAGAAUAUAUUGAAUGCCCGGGACGUCGUGCUGAUUGGAGGAGCAGGACACCUGGUGAUGUACGAUCAGGAGGGGAGAUUAGGAGUCGAGCUGGGUUGGUGGUUGAACAGUGAGAUGGCCAUAAGUUCCGCCAUUACGACUCCUUGGAACAGGCAAGUAAUCAUCCAUGAUGGAAAGAUCUACUACGAGGGCUGGGCCUAUUCUGGACGUGGUCACUGGCCAGAACGGGUUGAACUUUCCGCCGAUGGAGGCCAUACUUGGUAUGAUGUGUUCGAUAACGCAAUAAACACUCAACGGCUCGAUGACCCAGCAGCGUGGAAUUCGGAUCUGCGCGUCACCAGCUCUGCUCAUCAUAUCAGCACCUAUAGUAUCACUAAGAGCCAUCCGAUCACUCGCCAACGUUUGGAGAAGAUAGCAAGUAUGGCUAUGGAGGAAUACCAAGAGAACUGCUAUAUCGUACCCAACUAUCUGGGCGCUACCAGAGAGGAAUCUCGCCAUCACUCUGCCGCAGUCAUGCACCGCCUAGCAUCGCCGUUGCUCGUAGCCAAUUCGGUGGGAUCGACGGCCAAGUUGUUCGCGGCACCAUUCACCAUCUGGAUCGCGUCGGCCGCAGCACGAUGUAUCAGGCGCUAA